UGAGUUUCUUCCAUGAUGGCGGAGCGGUCGGUCGCGCGGAUGGACUGUCUCUCCCACUCGGAUGCUUGUCUCAUGUCUUGAGGGACGGCGCUUUGUUUUUUUAUAGCAGUUUUCGUUCCAGACGCCACCCUCCGCUUCCCCCUCGACCACACCGCGCUCGUGUUCCCCGGCUGAAGUCAUGGCAGACCGCGGCGUGGAUCUAUCCGCCCUGCCGAAGGAGGUUAGGGACCAGUUGGCGGAGUUGGACCUGGAGCUGUCUGAAGGUGACAUCACGCAGAAGGGCUACGAGAAAAAGAGAGCCAAGCUGAUGACCUCCUGCAUCCCCCACUUGCCAAAUGUGGACCUGUCUCUUCCAGAUGUCCAGCUUUCCCCAGGCCACAGUGCGGACCCCAGCCCGAGUCCUGAGGCCCCGGGCCCCUCCACCUCCUCAGCUGCCAGACACCACCGUGCACAUCGCAGUGGGGGGGCCAGAGACGACCGCUACAGAUCAGACAUCCACACAGAGGCAGUGCAGGCAGCGCUGGCCAAACACAAAGAAGAGAAGAUGGCGCUGCCCAUGCCAACCAAAAGACGCUCAGCCUUUGUCCAGUCUCCCAUAGAAACCUGCACACCUCCAGACACAUCUUCUGCAUCAGAGGAUGAUGGCUCAUUGCGCAGGAAGGCAGCUCUCAGUGCAGUGCUGGCCCAGAGCCUGCAGAGCCCUGACUACUGGAUCAACCGUUCUGUCCAAAGCUCCUCCACGUCCUCGUCCGCCUCCUCCACCCUCUCCCAUGGAGAGCCCAAGCCCCAACCACAGCCCCAGCCUCAACCGGCAAUUUCCUUGUUGGCCGACGUACUGGCCCACACACGCAUCGAAAACAGUAUCCCCCCUGAUGUGACAUCCUCCACUUCCCAGGAUAGAGGAUCCAGGGUUGACCUGGCUCCAGUGGUCAGGGGCAUGAGUCGUGGACAGAGCCGCUCCAGCAUGAUGGAUACUGCUGAUGGUGUGCCUGUCAAUAGCAGGGUGUCCACUAAGAUCCAGCAGCUGUUGAACACACUCAAACGGCCCAAAAGACCACCACUCAGUGAAUUCUUCCUCGACGACUCUGAGGAAAUUGUAGAAGUUCCUCAGCCAGAUCCCAACACCCCGAAGCCGGAGGGACGUCAAAUCAUCCCUGUAAAGGGGGAGCCCCUUGGAGUGGUCAGUAACUGGCCUCCUGCCCUGCAGGCUGCUCUGGCCCGCUGGGGGGCCACCCAGGCCAAGAGUCCUGCCCUCACUGCUCUAGAUAUCACUGGCAAACCCCUCUACACAGUCACAUACGGCAAACUAUGGAGUCGCAGUCUGAAGCUGGCCUAUACACUGCUGAAUAAACUGGGCACCAAGACUGAGCCUGUCCUACAACCCGGAGAUCGGGUGGCGCUGGUGUAUCCCAACAGUGACCCUGGAAUGUUCUGGGUGGCAUUUUAUGGCUGCCUUUUAGCUGAGGUCAUCCCUGUGCCCAUCGAGGUACCACUGUCAAGACAGGACGCUGGCAGUCAGCAGAUCGGCUUCCUGUUGGGCAGCUGUGGUGUUAGUCUGGCGCUGACCAGUGAGGUGUGUCUCAAAGGGCUGCCCAAGACACCAAACGGAGAGAUCAUCCAGUUCAAAGGUUGGCCAAGGAUGAAAUGGGUUGUGACAGACACCAAGUACCUGACUAAGCCAUCCAAAGACUGGCAGCCGCACAUCCCCACUGCCAACACAGACACCGCCUACAUAGAGUACAAAGCCAGUAAAGAGGGAACAGUGAUGGGAGUUGCCGUAUCCAAGAUCUCCAUGUUGACCCACUGUCAAGCCCUGACCCAGGCCUGUAACUACUGUGAAGGGGAGACACUGGUCAACGUGUUGGACUGUAAGAAGGAUAUGGGCUUGUGGCAUGGCGUCUUAACGAGUGUCAUGAACAGAAUCCACACCAUCUCAGUGCCAUAUGCUGUCAUGAAAGCCUGUCCUAUGUCGUGGGUGCAGAGGGUCCACAUUCACAAAGCACGUGUGGCCUUGGUGAAGUGCCGGGACCUCCACUGGGCUAUGAUGGCCCACAAGGACCAGAGAGACACCAACUUGUCUUCUAUACGUAUGCUUAUUGUGGCUGAUGGAGCAAACCCAUGGUCUGUGUCGUCAUGUGAUGCCUUCCUAAAUGUGUUCCAGUCUCACGGUCUGAAACCUGAGGUCAUUUGUCCAUGUGCCACUUCUCCUGAGGCCUUAACUGUGGCCAUACGCAGGCCUGGUGCACGAGGAGCUCCACUGCCAGCAAGAGCCAUCCUGUCCAUGGGCGGGCUGAGCCACAGUGUGAUCAGGGUGAACACAGAGGACAAAAACUCUGCUCUCACUGUUCAGGAUGUUGGCCACAUUAUGCCUGGAGCUCUGAUGUGCAUUGUGAAACCGGACGGGCCGUCACAGCUUUGCAAGACGGAUGAAAUAGGAGAGAUUGUGAUCAACUCUCGGGCCGGAGGCACCAUGUACUAUGGCCUGCCUGGUGUCACCAAGAACACGUUUGAGGUGAUCCCUGUCAACCAAGCUGGAGCACCAAUUGGAGAAAUUCCCUUCAGUCGAACGGGUCUGCUGGGAUUUGUAGGACCGGGCAGUCUGGUCUUUGUUGUGGGGAAGAUUGAUGGGCUGCUGAUGGUGAGCGGGCGACGUCACAACGCAGACGACCUGGUGGCCACCGCGCUCGCAGUGGAACCUGUCAAAACAGUUUACAGGGGGAGGAUCGCCGUGUUCUCAGUGACAGUGUUUUAUGAUGAGAGGAUCGUGAUUGUGGCAGAGCAGAGGCCUGAUGCCAGCGAGGAGGACAGCUUCCAGUGGAUGAGUCGAGUACUACAGGCAAUCGACAGCAUCCACCAGGUCGGCCUGUACUGCCUCGCCCUCGUUCCAGCCAACACCCUCCCCAAAACACCGCUUGGAGGAAUCCACAUCUGUGAAACCAAGCAAAACUUUUUGGAGGGAAACCUGCACCCGUGUAAUAUCCUCAUGUGCCCACACACUUGUGUUACCAAUCUGCCCAAACCACGGCAGAAACAGCCAGUGGAUGUUGGUCCAGCUUCUAUGCUGGUUGGCAACCUGGUGGCAGGGAAACGUAUCGCCCAGGCUACAGGCAGAGAGCUGGGUGUGGUGGAGGACCAGGAUCUGAUCCGAAAGCACCAGUUCUUGUCUGAAGCUCUGCAGUGGAGAGCCCAGACCGACCCAGACCACGUCCUGUAUGUGCUGCUUAAUGCCAAGGGGGUGGCAGUGUGCACAGCCACUUGUUCUCAGCUUCACAAGCGAGCAGAAAAAAUCACAGCCACCAUAAUGGAGAGAGGAGGCCUCAACACAGGAGACAAUGUGGUGCUGCUUUAUCCCCCAGGCAUUGACCUGAUAGCUGCCUUCUAUGGCUGUCUCUAUGCGGGGGUCAUCCCCGUGACAGUGAGGCCGCCUCACCCACAGAAUCUGGCUGCUACUCUCCCCACCGUCCGCAUGAUCAUCGACGUGAGCAAAGCAGCCUGCAUCCUCACCACUCAGCCUCUCAUGAGGAUCCUCAGGUCCAGGGAGGCUGCUGCCAGCGUCAACAUCAAGACGUGGCCAACCAUCAUUGAUACAGAUGAUCUCCCCAGGAAGCGGCCUCCACACAUCUAUAAACCUCCCACAGCGGAGAUGCUGGCCUACCUGGAUUUCAGUGUGUCCACCACAGGCAUGCUGACGGGAGUCAAGAUGUCUCAUGCUGCAGUCAGUACUCUGUGCCGCUCCAUUAAGCUGCAGUGUGAGCUCUACUCCUCACGACAAAUCGCAAUCUGUCUGGACCCGUACUGCGGCCUGGGCUUCGUCCUAUGGUGCCUCUCCAGUAUUUACUCAGGUCACCAGUCCAUCCUUAUCCCUCCCCUGGAGCUAGAGAGCUCACUGCCUCUUUGGCUGAGUACGCUCAGUCAGUACAAGAUCAGAGACACUUUCUGCUCCUACUCUGUCAUGGAGCUGUGCACCAAAGGCCUCGGCACUCAGACAGAGAUGUUGAAGGCACGCGGUCUGAAUCUGUCGUGCGUGCGGAGCUGCGUGGUGAUAGCGGAGGAGCGGCCCCGUCUCACUCUCACUCAGGCCUUCUCCAAGCUCUUCAAGGACCUCGGCCUGUCGUCGCGCGCCGUCAGCACCGCUUUCGGCUCCAGGGUGAACUUGGCCAUCUGCCUACAGGGCACUGCGGGACCAGACCCCUCCACCGUCUAUGUUGACAUGAAGUCUCUGCGUCAUGACAGGGUGAGACUGGUGGAGCGAGGAGCGCCACAGAGUAUUCCACUCAUGGAGUCUGGCACUAUCCUACCGGGAGUGAGGGUCAUCAUCGUCAACCCAGAGACCAGAGGUCCGCUGGGAGAUUCGCAUCUUGGGGAGAUCUGGGUGAACAGUCCUCAUAGCGCCAGCGGCUACUACACCAUCUAUGGGGAGGAGAGCCUGCAGGCCGAUCACUUCAACACCAAGCUCAGCUUCGGGGAGCCCCAGACUCUGUGGGCCAGGACGGGCUACCUGGGCUUCAUCAAGAGAACGGAGCUGCUGGAUGCAAGUGGAGAUCGUCAUGAUGCCUUGUUCGUGGUGGGCUCUCUUGAUGAAACGUUGGAGCUGAGGGGAUUGCGUUAUCACCCCAUCGACAUUGAGACGUCUGUGUCCCGAGCCCACCGCAGCAUCGCAGAGAGUGCUGUGUUUACCUGGACCAACUUGCUGGUUGUGGUGGCGGAGCUGAGCGGCUCGGAGCAGGAGGCCUUGGACCUGGUGCCCCUCGUCACCAACGUGGUGCUGGAGGAGCACCACCUCAUUGUUGGGGUGGUGGUCAUCGUGGACCCCGGCGUGAUCCCCAUCAACUCCAGAGGAGAGAAGCAGAGGAUGCACCUGCGGGACUCGUUCCUGGCCGACCAACUGGACCCCAUCUACGUGGCCUACAACAUGUGAACACCUUUCACCCGCCGAUGCAGAAAACUGAGCCAAGCUCCGAGGUCAGACGGGAGGGAGAGAGAACCGGGGGUGCGUUCAGUAGCAGCCUGGAUGUCAAACCACAGACACGCGUUCAAAACACCAAACAAUGUGGGGAUGAGAGCACAGUACCAGCACUGUAACGAGAUCGUGCUUCCCUCUCUCAAACUGUUCCUUCUUUGCUUCCACCUGCUCGAUCGCUGCGGUCCAGGUUCACUGAGAUUCUUUCUCCUCUUAAAGAGCAGACAUAUCUGUCAGCUGGAGGAACUUUCAUCUUCAUCCUCUCUGUGCAUCCCACUCCUCCCUCAUCGCUCGAAUUCAUGUUUUUUACAAGACAUUUUUAAUUAACUUUUAUCCAAGAAAGAAUGUUACACCCCCUCCCGCCUUCCAGUCCUUGGUUUUUAACCUGAAGCAGUCAUCCCUGUGUGUUUUAAUUUUUUUAGUCGCUCCUAUGUUCUGAAGGGCAGGAAGGUGGAACUGGAACUGCUGAGAGGAGCUGGAACUUUCCCCUCUUGCACUUUUAAGUCCUUGCACCUCCGAGUCCACUUCCUGUCUCACUCACCUGCCUCAAGAGGACAGCCCCCACUACAAGAGUAAAUCCACAUCAGUAUUAACAAGUGCCACCAGCGAGUGCAGCCCACAUGUUACCUUCCCAUUACCAGGUGCACCGUGGCUCUCACCUUCCAUCGCAUACUGUGAUUGUCAGCGUUAACACAAAAUGUCCAAAAACACACACUUGAAUCAUUUUGUUAGUGCAGGAAAAGAUAGUCUCUUUAUGAACCUACACAUCUGGAUAGUAAGGUUCAAACGCAUUCAUCAUUUUCAGUGUAAGUAGGAGAUGAUCCAUUAGACAGUUCUGUGAUAGUGCUAAAGAAUAAUAUUUCUGAAAUAUUACAGGAGAAGAGUCACUUUGCAGUGCUGGGGUUUAGGUGGAAGCAGUCACAGAGCAGUAGAUCGGAUGGUCUUAAGCCUCAUGGGUUAGUAUCACACAUGAGGCAAUGCAAAUAAAUACCCAUAUCUUUGAAACACUGGAGGUCUUUAAAAAACACUUGCUGCCGUUCACAGGUUAUUUCCUGGCUUCUCAAAGACUCUUCCGAACAGGGGAUGAAUAAACACAUCGUCUGUUCCUCAGUGAAGAACAUCUUUAACCCCUUUUCUGAGCCGCAGUUUAUCAAUUUAUCAGUAUAACUGAUAGUAAAGUCUUUUAGAUUGUUUCACAUAUCGUACAAAUUGAACACGGACCUGCAUCAUUUCUCCAUCUGUGUUGGGAGAUAGUUAGCUUGUUUUGAUAAUUUACCAUCGUCUAGUUUGAACUGUGAUCAGUGACCUGUUAGCUUUGAGUCUAACAAGAAACAACUAACAAGAGUCUAACAAGAAACAACAUUUUUUAUAAGUAAAUGUGGAUCAUCAGAAGGCAAGUCAGGGCCCAUUGUGACAUUCUCAAAAUCCAUAUUAAUCAAAUAGGAUCUGGAGAAUGAGGACGUUCCUCUGCCUUACUACACCUGUGGGUCUCCAGUACUUCUAACAUCUGAUCUCACAUAUCUGUCUGUAACGUUAAAACUGCUCCACCGUUUUUAGUUGUUUUUUUUUAUGGAGGAGGACUUGAGGGGGAUGAGGGGGUGUCUCGUUCUUUAUUUAUUUUGUGUCAUGCCUUUCUCAUUUCAUCAUUUAAACCAAUUCUCUCUGAAUGUCUGCAACACAAAAAUAAAACGUCAAAUCAAACAUGAAUAUCAAACAGUAAGCAACUCGUGAUUUAAACGGCAGAGUCCUCCUUUAAGAAGGGAGGUCAUAAUAAAUGAGGGUAAUAAGGAUGUUGUCUGUAUACUGUUUCUUAGAGGUCAAAUACUGUAUUACUGGUGUUAAUGUGUACAUGAAAAUGAACUUUGUCCAUCGGAACAAAAAAACUUGACUGAUCUUUCAUACUUGACUGCAUUUUUUUAUUUAACUGUAUCACAUUGCAAAAAAGAAAAAAGCGGUUUCCGAUUAUUUUGGCAGGAACAAUGUGCACUUUCCCAAUAUCAUUUUGUGCGUGUGCUUAUGUCUGUCUGUGUGUGUGUGUGUGUGCGUACAAGAAGGAAUGUGUGUGUGUGUCCAGUUUAACAUUGAUAUUUAGCUUUUCUGGUGCAACAAUGUUUGUUUUUUGUAAGAAAAUUAUGCCAGAAUAUUAAACCUUUUUUUUUCUUCUUCUUUCUUUUCUUUCUUUCUUUUUUUAUGUCGCCUCCACUGUAUUUUUUUUGUUUUGUUCUUUUCAUCCAAAAUUGGAAUUUUAAUAUAUUUUUUAGGGGUUUCAUCAACAUUUUCCUGAUGUUAUCGUUUCUUUAUAACUGCACAACUUGUGCAAACGGCUGGUUUGGUUUCCGAAGCAGCUUGACACCGUACAGCACAUCUGUAAACCACUCUCAUUCAGUGACGGACACCGACCACGUGUAUGCAAACCAGUAUCUGGGACACGUUAUAUUCAUGAAUAACAAACUGAAGCUUCUGAGCUACUGUGUGACAAUUGCUUUGUUGCCUCUGUUUCAAUCCGAUGAGUUUGAAUAAAGUUUUAAAAUUUCAUUUCGCCCUUCAAGCCUUUUCAAAUAGACAUUGGUGCUAUUCAACAAGGGAAAGUUUGACAGGCUUUUAUCCUCCAAUGUCGUGAAAAACAAGGUUUGUUCCUGGAUGCCCUUUUUGUGUGAAAAAUAAGUCAUUUUUUUCCUCAUGCCAACAUCUUCUCACUCACCGCUCAGUUCCAAAAAACUGAGUUUUCAUCAGCUCUGAGAUUUGAUGAAAAAUCUCCCAAUGGGCAACUGCACGAGGACAAUGCAAGUCGACGUUUUUUCCAUUCGGAUAUUUCUUUUUUCCAGUUGUCAUGUAGUGAGGAAUGGCGUUUGUUUCGAACCUCCGACGUUGUUUCUUAAGCACAAAAAUGUAAAAUGUACAUGUGAGGUAAUGAAAUUAGGAUCUUUCACACAAAAGUCACAAAAACUCAAGGGCCCACAAUGUAUACCUCAACGACUGUCUGUUCACUAUGCAUUGUCGAGCUGCAGCAAAGACAUUCUGAACUAGUCAAUGGUGCGAUAACUUGUAACAUGUCUUACUUGACAAAAACACUGUCACACUGUCAUUGGAUGUGUUUCAUGUCAAAUAAAAAAAGAUGCUUUGUCAGAG